CUUGAGAGCGGGCUGCGAGGGAAAGUUGGCCGCCAGUUUCUAAGAUGGCGGCGCCGGCUUCCUUUUCUGGUCCUCCUCCGGUUUUCUCCUGAGGUCGAGGCCUCCGUUUCUCCCUCAUCUAAAGGACGCUUUCGAAGAUGGCUUCUUUGCUGCGGCUUCUCCUCCGGGGAAGCUUCCGGAGGUUGGGGCCGAGGGCUUUUCUUGGGCACGGUGCUCUUCGCGGCGUCGGCUCAGGGGCGCCUCUCAGGAAAGGCCCCGGCUGCGGCCUUCAGGGCCUUCUCUCGCAGCUGCUUUCCCCCAAAUCUGGAGAACUCACUCAGUCUGUGCUGAAAAGGCAAACGACUCCCGUCCUCCUCUGGAAACUUCUCAAUGGCACUUACUAUUUUUCUACAUCUGGCUCUCAUCGCAAUGGCGGUGGGAGCAGCGGAGGGUCCAAAGGGAAAUCCCCAGAGGAAGAUGAAGAGGAGAAGCGGCGCCGGGAGAGGGAGGACCAGAUGUACCGGGAGCGCUUGCGCACCCUCUUCCUCAUUGCGGUCAUUAUGAGCCUGCUGAACUCCCUGAGCACUGGUGGGGGCAACAUCUCCUGGAACGACUUUGUAAACGAGAUGCUGGCUAAAGGGGAAGUGCAGCGGGUUCAAGUGGUGCCAGAAAGUGACAUCGUGGAGAUCUACUUGCAUCCUGGAGCAGUGGUCUUUGGGCGGCCUAGGCUUGCCUUGAUGUACAGAAUGCAGGUCGCCAACAUUGACAAGUUUGAGGAGAAGCUGCGAGCGGCCGAAGACGAGCUGAACAUUGACCUGAAAGACAGGAUCCCCGUUUCCUACAAGCGCACUGGCUUCUUUGGGAAUGCCCUCUAUGCCUUGGGGAUGGCCGCCGUGGGCAUCGGCAUCUUGUGGUACAUCUUUCGUCUGGCCGGGAUGGCAGGAAGGGAAGGGGGCUUCAGCGCCUUUAACCAGCUGAAAAUGGCUCGCUUCACCAUUGUAGAUGGCAAAUCUGGGAAAGGGAUCAGUUUCAAGGAUGUUGCGGGGAUGCACGAGGCCAAACUGGAGGUCAAGGAAUUUGUGGAUUAUUUGAAGAGCCCAGAACGCUACUUGCAGCUUGGAGCUAAAGUACCCAGAGGUGCCCUCUUGCUUGGACCACCGGGCUGUGGCAAGACGUUGUUGGCAAAGGCUGUGGCUACCGAGGCCCAAGUCCCGUUCCUGGCAAUGGCCGGCUCUGAAUUUGUGGAGGUGAUUGGAGGCCUUGGAGCUGCUCGGGUGCGAAGCCUCUUCAAAGAAGCCCGGGCUCGGGGUCCAUGCAUUGUCUACAUUGACGAAAUUGACGCCGUGGGGAAGAAGCGCUCCACCAACAUGUCAGGCUUCUCCAACACUGAGGAGGAGCAGACCCUGAACCAGUUGCUGGUUGAAAUGGACGGGAUGGGGACCACGGAUCACGUCAUAGUGCUGGCCUCCACCAACCGGGCAGAUAUCUUGGACAAUGCCCUCAUGCGGCCCGGGAGGCUUGACCGCCACAUAUUUAUCGACCUGCCCACUCUUCAGGAGAGGCGAGAGAUCUUCGAGCAGCACCUGAAGGGCCUGAAACUCUCCCAGACUGGAAGCUUUUACUCCCAGCGCUUGGCCGAGCUCACGCCAGGAUUCAGUGGAGCCGACAUAGCCAACAUCUGCAACGAAGCAGCCCUCCAUGCUGCCAGGGAGGGUCAUAAGUCCAUCCAUACAUUCAAUUUUGAGUACGCUGUGGAGAGAGUCAUUGCAGGAACUGCCAAAAAGAGUAAAAUCCUGUCACAGGAGGAACGGAGAGUCGUGGCGUUUCAUGAGUCGGGUCAUGCGCUAGUGGGCUGGCUCCUGGAGCACACUGAGGCCGUUAUGAAGGUUUCCAUCGCCCCUCGCACCAACGCUGCCUUGGGCUUUGCCCAGAUCCUGCCAAAGGACCAGUACCUCUUCACCAAGGACCAGCUGUUUGAGCGGAUGUGCAUGGCCCUGGGAGGGAGGGUUUCAGAAGCCAUCACUUUCAACAAAGUCACAACAGGGGCCCAGGAUGACCUUAGGAAGGUAACCAAGAUCGCCUAUUCGAUGGUGAAACAAUACGGGAUGGUGCCCAACGUUGGGUACCUCUCCUUCCCGGAUCCAGAAAGCACCCCAGGGAUUGGACGGCGCCCCUUCAGCCACGGACUCCAGCAAAUCAUGGACCAUGAAGCAAAGAUUUUGGUGGCCCAAGCCUACAGACACACUGAAAAGCUUCUGCUGGACAACCGGGACAAACUCAGGAUGCUGGCGGAUGCCCUCCUGGAGAAGGAAGUCAUCAACUACGAGGACAUUGAGGCCUUAAUCGGGCCUCCUCCACACGGUCCUAAGAAAAUGAUCAGCCCUCAGAGCUGGAUCGAAGCAGAGAAGGAUAAACAGGAUGUGGGAGAGGAGGAGCCCCCCCAGCGGCCCCGGGGACAAGAGGAGGAGGAGGAGGAACCCAACCUCAGACUGGUUUGAAACUAGAAGGCAAGAAGAGCACUGCCUUCCUGGAUGAUGGCUGUCCUGUUCAGGUCUCCUCAUCAGGCCUGGUCAAGAUGCACAUGAGUUAUGGGUCCCUCCCUCUCUUUAUGCGCCAUUGUCAUUUCUCUGGAUUGGCAGAUGAGGCUCCUGGGAGAGAGAGUGCAUUGGCAGCCCUUGAUCCAUGGUGGGCCUUCCUUGGCUGCAGGCCUCUGCUUUGUGUUGCCGGCCACAAUUUGGCUGAUGUUUUUGUACCAGGGCUCCAGCCUUUCUUUCAAUUUUAAGGAAUAAAAACUCUGUGAAGCCUCAGAGGUCCUAUCCGCUGUCUGACCACAACCCGGACAGUCCUGCUACCGUGUGGCUUCUGGCUCCGAGGCUUAACUAGGAGAGGGAAGAGAAACUGCUUCAUUAUAGAAGCCUUCAGACUGAUCCUGCGUCUGGGGCUGAGAGGUGGGAUCCACAAUGAACAGCUCUGUUUGUGUAUCUCGGAGAGAGAGAGAGAAUCUGCUGCUACUACGUGCAUUAUCUUCCUCGAUCCCUGCCCCCCUUUUAAGGAGGAUUAUUUCCAGGCGGAUUACUGUCUGUAUCCCUGAACGACCCUUGUCCAGAUUCUCCUGCCAACAUGCAAUUUGUAAUUCUCAGGGCUUCCUCUUCCAAAGCCCUCCCUUGCGCUGGGAUUGUGAUUGCGUGCGCUUCCUCACUCCCCACUCACGUUCCCUCCCUCCUCCUCCUCUGAACUCCCGACUGUUGUUCUGGAGAGGAGCCAGGCCUCUCCAUGGCCCUCCUCAGCGGUCUGCGCCUACCACCUAGCGGCCUCUCAAGACGCCUACAAGCAAAUUGUUGACUAAAUACCGAAUACCUAGAUCAGUGGUUCCCAAACUUAUUUGGCCUGGGACAUGGCUUAGAGCGGUGAGUGUGGCUCCUGCUCAAGGAGGCGGGGCUGAGCCUCUCCCCUAGUCCAAGAUGCAAGGCUGGGAGGGGGAGAGGGAGGUGGGUGGGGCCACAAAUGGACGGUCAGGACCAAAAUGGGUGGGGUUACGAGCUCUGAGGUAGGGCUGAGCUUCUAUCCCUGUCCUGUGGCGCCUGCCAGGACAAGGGGUUGGGGCUAGAGGGGGCGGGGCCUCUAUACCCCGCCCCCGUGUUCUAACAAGCGCCUCAGGGGAGGUAUACAGAGGCUCUUGGGAGGAGGCCCCGCCCCUAGCCCCGCCCUUUAGUCCUAAAAGGCCUCUCAGGAGAGACAUAGAGGCUCAGCCCUGUCUAGGACUCUUGGGAAGAGGCCCCGCCCCCACCCCAGCCCCGCCCUUUAGUCCUAAAAGGCCUCAGGAGAGGUAUAGAGGCUCAGCCCUGUCUUGGGCUCUUGGAAAGAGGCCCCGCCCCCUUCCCUAACUCCGCCCUCUGUGUCCCAACAAGCACUUCGGGAGAGGUAUAGAUUCUCAGCCCUGUCUCGGGCUUUUGGGAAGAAGCCACGCCCACUCCUCUAGCUCCUCCCCAUCUCCUAAUAGGUGCCAUCACCGCCCCCCUGGAUCUCUGCAGCGCCCACCAGGGGGCGGUAGCGCCCACUUUGGGAAUCACUGACCUAGAUCCUGAAUUAUUGUGUGUGUAACUUCCAAGCCAUCCCUAUCCUCCCAGGCCUAUUAGUACUGAGUCCGCUUUAACAAAGGAAUGACAAAUGCUUUGAAUGUGGCCACAUGGUUUGGGAGGAAAUUCAGGAUCAUGGAAGUGAUUGAAUCGGUACAGGAAGCCAGUUUGAUGGCAUUAGCUUCCUUCCGUCUUAGAUGGCUUGUUGUGAAGAAAAUAAAGAUCUAAAACAUG